GAUUUCUGAAAAGAUGAUAAAAUAAUGAAUGAAUGUCUGUUUAGCCAUCUCUCUCUUUCUCUCUCUCUUUCUCUCUAUCUCUCUCAUGUCUCCCUAUCUCUCUCUCUCUCUUUUCCUCUCACACCAUCCUCAUCCAUAGUUGUGGCAUGAUGCUGUUUGAUUCUGUAGAAAGUGACCAUUGCCUAUCGUGAAUACAUCUUCUGUUUUUGAGUGGGAGAAGGCAAUAUUGACACAAUUAAUUUUUGGGUUUUUUAAAAUUGGAAACUGCAUUCCUGUUCAGACCAAGAGAACAAUAUCCCCAACACACAUCCUCGCAGGUGAUCUUGCUAUGAUUUAGACUGAUAAUAGAACAUACUCUGCCUAGUAACACCACAAUACAGUCGAGUUUGGGGAGAGGGAGUUCAAAGGGAGAAUUUAAGUGUACACAGGGGAAAUGAAAUGUAUGUUCUUAAGCCAUAACAGACAUGAGAUGCACAAAUGUGAAUAGGACAGACAAUGAGACAAUUAGCCAAGUGCUUUAUGACGAAAUCCUGUUCAAACUGAGAAAAAAAAAAAGAGUUAAGCAUUUGUGUUAAUAUGCAUGCCAAAAUCAACCAUUUUAGAGUGAACGUCAUGAUAUCAAUCAUCUAAUGAUGUGAAAGCUUGGGUCAGGACUUUGUAAAACGUGUCUAUUUUAUUUUUAUCAUUUUUUAUGAUAACUGCUAUUGUAUGUAUGUAUGUAUGUAUGUAUGUAUGUAUGUAUGUACAGUAUGUAUGUGUGUGUAUUAAACUGUACGUUCAUUUCAUACUUAGUUUUAAGACUGACUGUAAUUUCAUUUUAGGUUGAAAAAGGAAAUAUGUUUUAAAUUCUGGACAUUUAAGAUAUGCUAAUUGUAUGUGUACAUUUUAAAAAAACAAAAACAAAUUGUGUUAUGAUUUAAAUUCAUAUUAUUGGAGAGUAGUGAUGAUAAUUGAAUAUAAUAUGAUAACAAUAAUGAUGAUGAUUGUAAAAGCUGUAAUUAAAAAACAUACCUGUAAAAUUCUACUGAAGGAGUUAUUUGAAGUUUCCCCUUCACACUGGCCCAUCAUAGAAGAUCACAGGGUGAAGUGAUCACCACAGGACUGGAGAUAAGCCAAAACAACAAGAAGAAAGGCACUGGUGUGUUUUGAUAAUCACAGAAGAGGGAUGUAUCUGCAGAUGACCCUGGAUGGGAGAGUGUCAGGGAAUGAUGCUCAGACUGCUUAUAGUGUGCUGGAGCUGAAAUCAGUGAAACCAGGCCACAUCGUCAUCAAGGGACAGGCAUCGUCACACUUUCUCUGUUUGGACAGUGCAGGCCGUUUGUGGGGGCAGAGCCACUACACAGAGGCUGACUGCAUCUUCAGAGAACUGCUGCUGGCAGAUGGAUACACCCGUUUCCUGUCCUCACACCACGGAUCUCCUGUGUCUUUGGCAUCAAAACAUUCCCCAGACCGACACACAGUCCCCUUCACUCGAUUCCUACCAAUUAGGAAUACUUUGGCGAGGGAGAGUGUGUCUGAACAACAACCAAACAAUCAGAGAACAAUCAACGUGGACUCUGAUGAUCUUCUUGGAAUGGGUCUAAACACUAUGGGCAGUCCUCAGUUCUCAGUGGACAAGUGAAGAAAAUGAAAUGGUAAUAGAUAUGUAACUGUAUCUGUAUUUGGUUAUAAACACACUUUUAUUAUAUUUAUAUAUUUCUAUUUCCAUUAACUUAAAUAUGUAACUUAUUUAUUUAUUGUGUGGUGUAUUAUUUCUAAUUGCUAUUUAAAGACUGAAUCUGAGAGGAUAUUUGUGUCUGAGUAAGAAAUGUUGCAACAUUCUUGGGAGUUAAGUUGAAUGUUACUGGAAAGUCCAGCAAGUGUGUUUGUACUUUUUUGAGUGUGUUUAUCAGACUUGAGAGAAUGAAAAUAAACGUGACAUAAAUUUCA